AUGACUGAAGCUUCGGAUGACAUAGAUCUGAACGUUUUACCCAAUGAUGAUAGCUCAACUGCUGCUGAAAAACAUGAAAAUGAUGCUUCAAAAUUCAUCGAUUCAGGUCGCUCCCAUGCACGAAAUGGUAAAUAUUUGGAAGCUAUAAUCGAUCUAAAACAUGCUACACAUUUACAAUCAACGAAUUGUGAAGCAUUUUAUUAUCUCGGAUUGGUAUUCCUUAAACAGGAACAAUAUAAAGAUGCAAGCAGUGCCCUGGAAACAGCAAUACAGAAUAGCAGCACUAUGAGUAAAGAAAAUAUCAAUCAUUAUUACUUUAAAUAUGCAUUUGCAUGUCAAAAUAACAAUCAAUUGGAAGAAGCUGUAAAAUACUACACCAAAUUCAUCGAAGGUGAGGAAAAACAAAGUCAAUAUCCAGGCUUAUUGAAUCGAGGUAUCUGUUACGAUAAAUUAGAGCAAUAUCCUGAAGCAUUAUCUGAUUUUAAUCGUGCUCUUACACUAACGAAUGAAGAAGUUAAACCUUAUUGCUUAAGUUGUCGUGCUCGAGUGAAGGCUAAAAUGAAAGAUCAAACGGGAGCUCUCAAAGACUAUGAUGAAGCUGUCAGUCAUACAACUGCAUUUAUCGAGCAAAUUAGCCCAUCAAAGAAAGUGAAUGAUAGCAGAACUAUUAAACUUUCUUCAAUUAAGAUCUCUGAUUUCAGUCCGCUUGGCAUUCUAAUCAAUGCGUUACAGAAAGAGGACGCUGGAGACAAUAUUCGUGCUAUGCAGAAUUUAAAUAAACUUUUAGAUGAACCAGAAGAACUUCACAAGCAAAUUAAGAUGCUUGAAGAGAAAGCAAAGAAUGAAUCUUAUCGAGAUAAAAUUCAAAGUAUUACGUAUAACCUCAUGAUUGCGAACAUGGCUAUAAACACUGUGGACAAACAUAAAAAAGCUAUGGAACAGUUUUCCAAAAAUGAAAACCUGAAACUCUACUAUUGUACUGUCUAUUUUAAGCUGGAAGAACUCUUCAUGGCUUGUAAAGCCAUUGCAAGCGGUAAAGUAAAACCAAUGGAAGGUAAACUUGGAGAUUUUGCUGAAAUUAUAACACUGGUUGGCCAUCCUAUUUCACUUGUACCUGUUGUCGGAGAACCGAUAAAUCAAGUCUUACAACCUGUUGUUACGCUUCUUAAAGAGAUUGAUUAUCAGCGACAGAAGAAUACUAUGACUAAAAUAGCUUUCUUAGGAAGUACACUAGAAUUAUGGGAAUUAUCUCAACAGAUUGCAGAAAAACUGACAGAAACCUAUGAACCAUUGCUCUUGGAAUUGAAAGAACUAGAAGAUGAUCCAAAAUCUAUCAACAAAAAGCAAGAAAAAACAGAUAUUAAUUGUUUUACUAAAGCCAGUCAGUCAAUAUCUAAAUUCUUCAAGGGAACAAAACAAAAGUUACUCAAAGAGGCAUAUGUCAAACAAGCGCAAUAUAUUGGAGAGUAUGCUGUAGCACUCAUGUUAGAAUCUUUGUUACAACUUGAAAGUGUUGAUGAUGCAAAAACUGAUGAGGAAUCAACACCGACUGAUGAUUCAUCCAAAUCACCGGAAAAAAAACCGAUUGAUGAUCCCAAGAAACUACCAGAACAAAAACUUGUUGAAAAUGAAAAACAACGUAAGGAACAAAAAUCGACUAAUGAUUCAACCAAACUAUUGAACCAACGAUUGAUUGAAGCUGUUUGUAGUCCAUCGAGAGAUCAAGACGGGAAAAUAAAGAUUGUGGUGUCUGCAUUUGGUGAUCGACAAAUUUUAACAAAAACUGAAGGUAAAACAUGGACAUUAGAUGGAUUCUAUCAUUGCUGCGGAAUUAUCACUGGAGAGAAAGAACAUUACGUUAGCCCUAUAACAAUUCUUAAACUAUACCCUUAUCGCAUUGGAACAAAAGAAGAAGCAGAACGACUAGAAUAUAAACCGCAAAAAUAA